GGGUAACCAGAGGAAGGGAUAACCUGAAAUCAUAAAGUUUUCCACCUACAUCUGAAAAAAAUACACGAUGAAGUGUUUACUCUGAAACUGUGUCCAGAGGGACUGUGAGAGGAGCAACCUCCAGAAGCCUUCUCCUGAGAGUGCCAGGACGUGGUCUUUGCUCUGAAAUCUGGAUUGACCAUGUCUCCUCCAAUCAGUUCAGACCUGGGUUACAUACCCCCUGAUGGUGGAUGGGGAUGGGCAGUGGUGUUUGGAGCCUCCAUCUCAAUUGGGUUUCCAUAUUCCUUUCCUAAAGCUUUCACAAUCUACUUUAAAGAGCUCCAGGCUGUUUACAGCAUCUCCUACAGCCAGGUUGCCUGGAUAACGUCCAUCCUGUGUGCUACCACCUAUGGAGGAGGUCCCCUCAGCAGCAUUUUGGUAAACCGCUACGGCAGCCGGCCGGUGGUUAUGCUCGGAGGCCUUCUAUGUGGUGUUGGGAUGAUCUUAGCCUCCUUCUGCACCAGCAUCCUCCAGAUCUACAUCUGCGUGGGCUUCAUUACAGGAUUAGGCUUUGCCCUCAACCUUCAGCCAUCAGUGAUAAUCAUAGGCAAAUACUUUUUGAAGAGGAGACCCAUUGCAAACAGCCUUGCUAUGGCAGGGAGCCCCGUGAUGCUUUGCUCCCUGGCUCCUCUCAACCAGUUCCUUCUUGACAAUUUUGGCUGGAGGGGCAGCUUUUUAAUUCUUGGGGCAAUUUUAUUACACUGCUGCGUGGCAGGAGCUCUCUUCAGACCCAUUGGGGCAGCCACAGCUUCAGUCAAAACCCGAGUGACUGAGGAGGGGAAAGCUGCUCUGGAAAAAAAGGUCACUGAGGAUGCCAUGGAAAUGAAUAGUCCCAUGAAUGUCCCAAUGGAGAACAAAACAGAAGAGGAAGGAGGAAAGAACUGUUGUGAAAAAAUCAAUCAGUACCUUGAUUUUUCCCUCUUUAAGCACAGAGGAUUCUUAAUUUACAUGGUUGGAAACGUGCUCAUGUUCCUGGGGUUUUUUGCCCCCCUUGUUUUUCUGGCACCCUAUGCAAAGCAUACUGGCAUUGACGAAUAUUCAGCUGCUUUCCUCCUUUCAAUCCUUGCUAUUGUGGAUAUGUUUUCUCGACCUACCACUGGCAUCAUUGCAAACAGCAAGUGGAUGAGGCCGCGGAUUCAGUACUUUUUCAGCUUCUCCAUUGCUUUCAAUGGCACGUGCCACCUUCUGUGCCCUCUGGCUUCAGGCUACACAGGACUUGUCAUCUACACUGUGUUUUUUGGCUUGGCCUUCGGCAUGGUUAGUGCCAUGCUCUUCGAAACGCUCAUGGACCUGGUAGGAGCAGCCCGGUUCACGAGCGCCAUCGGCCUGGUCACCAUCGCAGAGUGCUGCACAAUAUUGCUAGGACCACCCCUUGGAGGAACUCUGAUUGAUACCUUUGGGGACUACAAAUAUAUGUUCAUUAAAUGUGGAGCUGUGAUGGUCCUGGUAGGAGCUUUCCUGUUCAUCAUGAAUUACUACAAUUAUCGAAUGCUUGCCAAGGAGGAAAAGGAAAGAAAGGCAAAAGAGGACGAUCCUGAAUCUGUAAGGACAGAAAAUGAAGGCAGAAAUAACUGGGACAAAGAAACCACACAGGGUGGACCUGAACUGGAACCUUUGAGAGAGGAACAAGAAGGACUAAAGAAGCAAGUGAAUGGCACAAAUGAAUUUUAA